AUGCACUCCCUGCGGUGGCUCAGUAUCGGACGACAUGGAAGUAGUGAUGAUGGUGGUAAGAUACUGAACUUUCUCCAUCACCUACCAACACCACCACAACUCCUCCAAACCCUUUGGAUCACAGGUGACAUUGCCAAUGGAUUGCCCAGCUGGAUCGGGUCACUCGCACAUCUUGUUAGUUUUUCUACUGUGGAUACGACCCUUACCGGUGAUGAGCACUUUGGCGUCCUGUGUAUGCUGCCCAACCUGAAGACAUUGUGCGUGACUUGGGACUGCUACAGCGGGGAUGAGCUGGUUGCACGCAGCAGCCACAAAUUUCCGGUGCUCAGGGACCUGAUACUUGGAGGUUAUCUACCCAAAGUUAUUCGGUUUGAGGAAGAAUCGAUGGAAAUGCUUGAGAUGCUUGAACUUCGCUUUGACUCCAGGUCCAGACACGUGGCGGAGAGGAGCAUCAUUGGCAUUGAACACUUGACCAACCUGAAAAAGGUUAUGCUCGACUGUCGAGGUGACUAUCAUGCACUAGUCGACACAGUACUUGAGCAGAUGAAGGCUGAGAAUGAUAGGCGCUCGAGGUCCAACCAAUUCCAAAUUGCAGUUAAAUAUUGGUGA